UUGUUUAGUUGCGUGUCGUGCAGUCAGGAAGGUCGACGGUCGAUUAUGAGUUAAAUAAAUCACAUUUCCCCAUCCUUCAAGAACGGUGGGCAGAUUGUGAGUGCUGUUUAUGUCAAAGUAUCCACUGUAGAUCAUGGAAUCUCUACCAGGAACAGCCAGUCUUAUAGAAGAAAUUGAUAAGAAAAUUCUAGUUGUUUUGCGAGAUGGGCGGACAUUAAUCGGCUAUCUACGCAGCAUUGAUCAGUUUGCCAACCUUGUACUUCACCGAACAAUUGAGCGCAUCCACGUUGGCAAGCAGUAUGGUGACAUCCCUCGCGGUGUCUUUGUUGUCAGAGGAGAAAACGUAAUGCUCAUUGGAGAAAUUGACUUGGCAAAUGAAGGUACAUUGCCCCUUGAGCAAGUCUCCAUUGAUGAGAUCCUGGAGGCCCAACGAGCCGAGCAGCUCAAGAAACAAGAAGAAGAGAAAACAAGAAACAAGAAAUUGUUGGAGAGAGGUUUACAGCCUCACGCAGAUACCACACAUGAGGAGUUUGCUUAGCAUUAGUCAUGUUGUGAACUUGUCUAAGACCCUUGCUGGUGCUUUGAAUGUGAGGAGUUGUGUCAUGUCACCCUUACACAGUGUUACACUGAACUAGCAAGAUGGUAAAUCAGGUGGAUGAAAGACUUGUGUUAAGGAAAUGGAUGGUGGAGCUAUGGAAGUUGAAAGAAGGACAAGAAAACAAGAUGCAAUGAAAGAUGCCUUCGCAAAACCAGCGGCAUACCUCACGAGGUAUACAAUUGUGUACCUGAGGUUAUGUAUAAAAAUGUUGCCAAUAGCUCUUUGGGGUGCUAUGAAAGCUGUAUCAAAAUAAGAAACAGAAAAAUGUGUAGCAUCUCUUGUGUUAUGUAAAAUGUGUGCUGUCUUUAUCACAGAAAAUAUUUGGAUGGACUAUGCUGAUGCGUAGCAAAUGAGGUGGUCAAAAAGAGCCUGGGUACCGUAUAGAUUGAGCUCAAGAGGUGGAUAUGUUACGCCGCAUGUAUUUUUUGAUGGAAAAAAGACACCGACUUCCAUUGACUGGAACCAAGUUACAUAAGACACAGAGCCUUGCACAGGGCCUCUUGUACAGUUUUGUAGAUGUCCUCUGUGGCGAGCCUAGAAUGAGUUCAUUCAGAUGUAUUUUUUUCUACUUUGAACUGCUUCAAACAGCUAGCCAAACUUUAUUUUCUCUUUAGAAUUUAUUUGUAAUUUAAAUUCAUGCUGCAUUGACAUUACAGUAAAUAUUGGGGGUUUAUUAUGUUCAGAAGUGUGUAUCACUUUUAAUAAGACUAUUGAUUACUUCCAUUUCACAGGUUUGUGCAUAUGACUCAAAUUAAAGAUACUCUGACGACUUCUAAAUGGCAAGACUAACUGGAAAAGAUUCAUUUCAAAAAUAAGGUGACAAAAUAAUCAAUUUUGAAUAAAAUUAAAUAGUGGUUCAUUUUAUCUUGCCAUUGUUUACUAGAGGUCAUACCAAACACAAGGAAGUUCAUUUGUAUAUAAUCUGAUGCCCAGAUGAAAUGCAGUGUA